ACAAUGACUGAGGAGGGAUGGAGUGUUUGAGCCAGUUGGUGCGGUGGUGGGGAGAGUAUCGGAGCUUGUGAGAGAAAGGAGGAAAGAGAAGGAAAGCGGGAGGGGGGCAGAUCGAAAGAGAGAGAGAGAAAGAGGGAGGGAGCUUCUGGGAGCGAUUCUGGACCACCACUGAAACACUGCAGUCUUUCUUUUGCUUCUCUGAGGAAACAGUGUUCCCCUUCUGGCUGCCUAACUCUCCUUCUUACUCAUUCUUCUAUGGCUGCGUUGCUAUGACCCUGAUGGACACCUUGAUCUCCUUACCCACCUAGAGAAGAGGAGAAACAAGCUGUAGCGGAGGAGGGGGAAACAAGAGGAGUCGACACCACACACUUUGCCUCUCUGAUGAGAGUCUGGAAAUUAAUUACCCGCCGUCAGCGCAGAGGGGGAGCGCAGAGAGGGGCACGCUUGAUAGAAUAACUGAGUUGAAGAGGUGACUUCUAUACGUGUGGAGAAUAGGCUGGGAAGAGGCGCAGAGUAACCUCUGGGCACUUCACAGAAACAAAAAGGGACAAGUUUGGGUUGACGCGUGAAGCGAGGAGGAAAUUAGGCAAGGCAGUAACUCCACAGGGAUAGCACUUUAGGAAGCCAUAGAAUGGUCCAGUCUCAAGCGUCCUUCACCUUUUCAUCCCUCCUACCAACCUUCCUCUUACAUCUAUAGGGGCAUCCUCAACUCUCAUCUCCUUGUGUUUUAUUAAAUCUUCCUUUUUGCAUGUCAGCAAAAGCACCUCAUCAGCCACAUUCACAUGCUGAACACUCACAUGCACCUAGGAUCAGAGCGCUGUGUUGCAUUCUCAGCCAUCUCAUCAGCUACUGAGUGUAAGAAGUUAAUAUAGCCACUGUAGAGGUGUCAUUAGUUGCUGGAUAUGAGCACCUGUUCUGGAACUUCUCAUGAGAUCAGGUAGGACAUUUCUGGAUCAUUUUGGCUGCUCCACGCAGACAGGGAUGCGUUAAGCUCUUUGGUCAUUCCCCUGAUUGAAGCAUUAUGAGAUGAAACUGCAGACCGGCUUAUCUCACAGCACACGUCACCUGUGUUUGAGGGAUUACGCUAGGGGAACCAGAGAGUUGCAGAUUUUACAGGUGGUGUCCCCAGUGUGUGCCAGGUUUGCUGCUGAAUGUAAUGACUCUAAAGGUUUGAAGACAAGGUCAGUUUAGGUAGUGGGACCAUUUUAUGGAAUAAUUGAACCAGCAGCUCCAGUGGUUGUCAGAGGGUCAUCAUUAUCUCAAAGUCUAUUGCUCUGCUCUCGGGGGAGUGACUCCUGGUAUAUUAUUGUGGACUAACCUCAAAGCUGAAGCACACAGAGUGAAUAUUAACCACUUUCAAAGGCUGAAUAAACUCCCACAAUGAGACGCUCAAGCACAGAUGAAACCCCGUACCGACGUAGUCCAUCUCUGGACAGCAAACCUGACACUCCACCAUUCACUUCUGGUUUUCACCGAUUCAGUGGGGAGUUUGAGUAUAAGAGACCUCCUUUUGCUUUCGGCUUUCACACAACAAAGGGGCCAAAGAACUCCAGCGGGCGCUACGCCCAGGGAAAGAAGUAUGUGGUGUUUUACCUGGACCUCUCCUUCAUAUUCCUUCUAGAACUGCGGCGCUGCAGGAUGGCUGAGGGUUGCAUGAUGGCCCUGCGCUAUGGAAUGGUCUUCUUCAACCUCCUUUUCUGGUUGGGAGGAUGUGGCAUCCUGGGGGUAGGAAUCUGGCUCUCGGUGACCCAGGGAAACUUUGCCACACUGUCUUCAUCCCUUCCCUCCCUGUCGGCAGCCAACCUGCUCAUCGCAGUGGGGACAAUCAUCAUGGUGAUCGGAUGUCUGGGCUGUGUGGGAGCUGUCAAAGAAAGCCGCCCUCUGUUGCUGGCGUUCUUCAUCCUACUUCUACUGAUUUUCUUCUUGGAAAUUCUGUCCAUCAUGCUUUUCUUCAUCUACCAAGAUGAG